UUUUUUAAUUUUUCAUCAAAUCCUGAAACAUGGAUGACAAAAGGAGAGAGGAGCAGCCGAUUUUAUGAAUGGCUUUUAGCUAAGGGGAUUUGCAAUCUUUCAAUAAUUUUGUUUAUGAUUCAAAAGGUUCUUAGAAUCAUGAUUCAUAUAUAUCAUGGAUUCAAGAUUAAUAUUUGAGAUGAUUUUAGAUCUACAUAUUUUCUCUUUUAUAAUAUCUAUAGAUUUCUAUUGUUUUAUAAGUUUUAGGAUUCAUAUAAAAUUCAGAUUCAUAUAAAUUUUUAUAAUCAAAAUUCAGAUAUGUGGUGUUCUAAGAUUUUAGGGUUAGAUUAUUUUACCUUUUCACCACAAGGAUUCUGAAUGGACCACCUUAAGAGAGAGAGGAAGAUGAUCCGCGGAUAGUGGAGAGAGGUGGAGAAGUGGCCGGCGUGGGGCUGGCCGGAGGAGAGGAGGUCGCCGGCGGAGAGCUUGCUCAGGUGGAGAGAGCUUCGUGCUGAUAACGUGUUAAGAUUUGAGAGAAGGUUUGUGAGAAUGUGUUGUAUAUUUCUUAUUGCUUACACCACUAUAUAUAGUGGUUCAUACAAGGUAGAGUCAAAGGGAGAAUUUACACCACUAUAUAUAGUGGUUCAUACAAGUUGGAGUCAAAUGGAGAAUUGAUUACAAAGAUACUCUACGUAAUGACAUGGUCAAACUCAUAAAGACUAAGGUUGAAUGAGUCUUUCAUGUGGCUGGAUGUAAACCUCCAAUGGAUUCUAUUCUUUUAACUUGUAUGUUCUAGGUUAAAUAAAAUAAAUACCACAAAACCUAAUCUGCUCUUUAACUACGUUAAUCAGAAAUGAGUUAACACACUAUAAAGACAGAACAUAAGUAAAGCCAUGGAUUUGUCUUCAAAACACAGACAAACGUUAGUAAACUCUACUGUCGCCGGAGAACUAACCGUGGCCCAAGAAAUGGGUAUCUGUUACAAAGAGUGUUUGAAAAACCACGCGGCCAACCUCGGUGGUCACGCGCUCGACGGCUGCGGCGAGUUUAUGCCGACCCCCACCGCAACACCCGCCGAUCCUUCCUCUCUCCGAUGCGCCGCUUGUGGCUGCCACCGUAAUUUCCACCGCCGUGACCCUUGCGACCAUCUCAAUUUCCUCCCCGUGCAUCCCACUUCCUCUCCCUCCGGCACGGAAUCGCCGCCGACUCAGUCGCUUCACCACGUGGCCUCCCCUGUUCCUUGCUCUUACUAUGCUUCAGCUCCACAUCACGUGCAUCUCUCCCUCAGCUCCGGUUUCCCUGGACGGUCAGAUCAAGAUCCGACGGCUGUAAGAUCGGAGAACAGCUCAAAAGGAGCAAUGAGGAAGCGGACGAGGACCAAAUUCACGCCGGAGCAGAAGAUGAAGAUGAGAGCUUUCGCCGAGAAAGCAGGUUGGAAGAUCAACGGCUGCGAUGAAAAGUCGGUGAGAGGUUUCUGUGGCGAGAUUGGGAUUGGGAGAGGAGUUCUUAAAGUAUGGAUGCAUAAUAAUAAGUAUUCACUUCUCAACGGGAAGAACAGCGAGAUCUUGUCUAUGGAUCAUCCUCGUCUUUGUCUGAACACUCACAGUUGUAACAAUGGUGGAGAAGAAGGAGACACCGUUGAUGGGUCUUCCUCUUCUUGAUAAGCUUUGGUGAAGCUAAUUAGGAUACUUAAAUCUGGGGUUAAAAUUAUAAUUAUGAGCGUUAACCGUUCGAUCUUAUAAAUAGUAAGUUCUAACAUGUAAUGGAUCAGCGAUAUAUAUGCAGUUUAAAAAUAUCAAUGAUCUUUUCAGGUUUUUACUUUUA